AUGGAGACGAUAAACGACUACGACACUGAGGAGCCUUUGACGUCGACUGUUCGACCUGCUACUAGGUCUACGAUAACUGUUAGAGUAAUAAAAUCAUUUGCCUAUAGAAAUGUGAAGAGUUGGGUGUUUCAUGACAUAGAUUUGACUAAAACGACCAUCAGGGAGUUGAUGGAAUUGAUGAAUCAAGUAAUCUUGAGCAACUCACUAUUUCGACCUUUCAAAACAAGCAAGUUUGAUACAUUGAAGUUGUACACUAAAGCUCAUGGGGCCAAAACAAUGAAUUUGACAAUAAACAUGGAAGACGAUCAAUUGCUAAUAUUGAAAGAGUUGGAUAAGACAUUGUACGAAUAUGGGGUUGAGAAUGAGACUGAAAUAUCGUAUUUUAAGAUGGCAGACUACUUGGAAUUCAAGGCAAAUCCAGCUGAAAAAUGGUAA